AUGUGCGUAUAUCAUAUCCCAACAGAUUAUCACAGCAUCCUAGCAGAGCUGCAGUCCCCUGCCCAACUGCACUCUGACCCUUCCUUCACGGAGCUCCACUCUGAACCCCCUACCCUCACCAUUGACCCCGACCCUACCUCUGUCCAGCUCCACCCAGACCCUCCUAUCCUCAUCCUCACCCAGUCCGAGCCCUGGACCGAACACAUGGAGCCUAGUGUGGAGCCUGACACCUCCACUAGGAGCCCUUCUAGACCCUGUGAGCUGUCCCUGUCCAUUCUCACCCUUGACUUAGAUCCCACCACUGCCAGCAACACGGGAAUGGCUGAAGGUGACCAGGUGCUAAUAGUGGAAGAAGAGAAAAGGGAAGUGGACAUAAGCCUCCAACAGAUGUCAUUCGCUUCCCCUGAACAGUGUGAAGUAGAAAAAGAGGUCAAAGAGCAAGUCUCCUUAUCAUCAUCAUCAUCAUCAUCCUCCCCAUCAUCACCUGGGCAAGCACAGCAGGAGGACAGCAGACAGGCAGGGGCUGAGGAGGUUGCACAGGGAGGUGGUGAGGAAGUAGUAGAGGCAGGUGAGAUGGUGGAAGAGGGGGUUAAAGUGGUGGAAGAGAGGGAAAAGGAAAGAGAGAAUGGGGCUGAGGUGGCGGAAGAGGGGGAUAAUAAGAUGGUGUUGGAGUGGGGUAAGGAGCCAGAGAAUGGGGCUGAGGCAUUGGGGGAGCAGGGAGUGUCUGGUUCCACCGAGGAAGAGGAUGGAGACGAAGAUGAGAUGACAGAAGACAAGUUAAAGUCGCUGUUGGAGGAUAUUCAUUUGAAGGAAGGCUCAGAGGAGGAGGAGGAGGGCGAGGAGAUGACGGAGGCCAGGGUUCAGGAGAUUCUCAGUCAGGUGCAUCAGGCAGAAAAAGACGUGUGUUCACUUCCAGGUUGGCACAGUGAGACAUCCAGCGUCAACGUGGAGCCGCCCACACCCGGCCGCAGUGUGAGCUCAGACCUGCUAGACCGCCAGGAAAAUAGGUAAACAAAACAAAAUUAUUCCUUCACUGCUAAGGAUGAAGUAUAAAUACACUUUCAUGUAAAUCUGCAACUGGGAUUCAAUAUCUUCGCCUCAGUCUUUUUUUUCAUAAUCUGCCUUUGUCACAAACAAUUUAAUCAGUACAUUUGAUACCAACCCCAUCCUAUUCUCAAUAUUGAGCUUUAUCAUAAUCAAUGUUCUCUGAAUUGUAAUCCUAAACCAUUAAUCAGAGUUGCAAUCUUAGUCUCAACCUUACUCUUUCUCUCAAUCUCUCCCCAUAGCCAGGAGAACUCCAGUGACUCCAUCACCUCUUCCUCUAGAGGGGAGCCAGGGAGGUCCAGGCACAAUGGCGAUCACACGGAGCUACCACCUCAGGACGGGUCACUUCCUGUAUCGCAGGACUCAGCCAACGGAAGAACAGGACAUGGGAAGGAAGAAGGCACACUUGUGUUUGAGAAGAAAGUCCAGGUAAUUGCAAUGAUUAUGCAAGAUACUGUACUGUAAAUGUUUUUGUAGAAUGUGUGUCUACUACAGUGAAUACGGCUCAUCAGAUACAUCCCUGUUGUUUCUUUUUACAGUGACAUGAACUGGAUGUCCAUUCUUUCAAAUCAACUGGUUGACUGUAAAUUUAACUUGACCCUUUUUUCCAGAUGUUUAUUGUUAUUGAUGUCAGAAGAACCUUGGGAUUGUGUGACGCUAACACAUUUUCUCUCGCCUGCUUUUUUUGUGUGUUUUCUACAUCUCCUUCUCACUGUCUGUAAUGUUGCUUAACUGCACUCUUCACCAGCGUUUUAGUGAGUCCGGCUCUGAUGAGGAACAAACCGUCACCACCAGGGUGUUUCGGCGCCGGGUCAUUCUUAAGGUACCCUGCUGAGACUGGGUGAAGGUUUGGUUUAGGUUUGGCGAUAGAUGGUUAAUCUAGGUUUGCCUCUGGUGUGCAGUGGGCUGGUGUGGCUCGCUUAACUGACAGCUAUCAGUGGGAGAAAAAGGAAACUUCUGAAAUGUGUGUUUGAAGUGUGUGUGUGUGUGCGCGAGUGUGUAGUGUGUCCUGGCCUGGUAACCUGCUUUCAUGUUUUCAAUCAAGGAACAUUUUGUGUCUCACUGUUGCCUCUGUGAUGGCAUUUAAAGGGACAUGUCACAUUCAUUUAGUUAUCGUUUCACUCAACAUCUCUCUGGGAAUUCUAAAAUAUUCUGUCUCUAGAGGUUUGCUUGCAGUUUGAUGGUGCUGUUGCUGCAAAGUGUGUUAGUGGUUUGCUGUUACACUGGCUGAAGUGAAUUUGGACCAGUUAUGAUUGUAGUCCUAACCAUGAGCACUUACAGGGAGAACAGGCGAAGAAUAUUCCUGGCGAAUCAGUGACAGAAGAGCAGUUUACUGAUGAAGACGGUAACAUCAUCACUAGAAAAGUAACUAUCUGCCUCUGCCUUCACUCUGAUUUACCCCUCUUCCUAAAAAUACACCUCUGAUUUCUCAUACCCACCUUCUCAAGGCAUCCUCUAAACUCUCCUCCCAAACCUUCCUGAACCCUAUCCACUUGUGUUUGUGUGUGUAUCCCGGCCAUACCCUCUCCUUCUUGACCAUGAUCAUUAUCUCCUCCCCUUUCCCAGGUCAUCAGAAAAGUCAUCAGGCGGGUGUCCAUGCCUGACGACCAGGGCAGGGACAGGGGGAGGUGGGACCGAGGAGACCAAUGGCCUUGCCCUUUCUUACUGGAGGAGGAGCUAGAGGUUGGCAUGACGACGGAAUGGGCCGCAUAG